AUGGCGCGCACAAAGCAAACCGCUAGAAAGUACGUGGGCCACACCGGUCCGAAGAAGAGAGAGGCUAUGCUUAAGAAGGCUGCAAAAGCACCUAAACUGGAACCAGCCAAGCCGAAGCGGCGAUUUCGCAAAGGAACUGUGGCCCUCAGGGAAAUCCGCAAGUACCAGAAGUCGACCGAAUUGUUAAUUAGGCGGCUCCCCUUCCAGAGGCUGGUUCGUGAGAUUGCGAACAAGGGUGCGCCUGGCGGCCAGACAGAUUUCCGCUGGCAGCACGAUGCAUUGGAGGCGCUCCAAGAGGCGGCUGAGGCGUACAUGAUCAGCAUGAUGGAGGAUGCCAACCUGUGCGCCAUCCACGCCAAGCGGGUCACCAUUAUGCCCAAGGACUUCCAGCUCGCAUUGCGGAUGCGCCGCGAGGAAGGGGCUUCUGAAUAGCGCGGUCCAUACAUGAGCGCCCCGUGGUUUCAGAGUGCCCUGAUUUAGAUCAGAGAACCUUCCCAUGUCCUCGUGCUGCAGCAGCAAACACCUUCAAGCAUUGUCACUGUUUCGCACUACACAUGUGGCGCGGUACGGCGGUGACAGUGGCGCGGUACGGCGCUGUUUCUGCAUGUUAGGAUAAAAGGUUGCCUGGUGGGGAGCACUUGCAGCGCUUGGCUGGAAGGUAAGUUGUGCGCUGCAAGGGAUGCCGGGGCGUCGUAAUUUCAGGAUAGAUAAUGUAUCCUGCUUGUGUGUGUUGCGGAGCAUUUCAGUGGUGGGACCCUGUGAACAUCGCGCAGAUGCUGGAUGUGUCCUGCAGUCACGAAUUUUAGUUCAUCUGUGAUACGGACCUAUGGCCCCUGAAACUUUGUCAGGGCUCACUUGGGUUUAGCCCGUUGUACUGAAGAGGAUUCGGCACUGGGCAGAAUCGACAGCUGUAUGUAUCGACCCACGACGUAGAGCUAUCGAAGGAAGGACAUCUUGCAUUGUCGAAGACGUAGCUCCUGUGCAUCCUUUCUACCGCACGAUGAAAUUGAGUUUGCUUGGCCGCUUUCAAGGGCGGUGUUGUUUACAUGUCAUGAUGCCAAAGAGUGCGUGUUGCAAGGUAGCGGAUCGCAUAGCGGAGACUCCAAGGCACUCUUGGAUUGAGCGACGAUGGGUGAAACUAGGACGCAUUUGCGUCUGAAGGGAAGGUGUCCGGUGGUUUUGCGGUUGUUAAUUCAUUCGACGAUGACUAACCGUGUGCUCUUUGGUGCGGCGUCCAACAAAAAAGGAAUUAGCGUCUUAGCGAAUGUUCUUUUUUGGCUUAGUUUCAUCCAGCCGCGAUGGGUCGCGUUGUACGAUACGUAGCUUUGGUGUCAGUUUAUGCAAAAACAAACAGCCGCCGGGGCUGGAAUGCGAGGAUAGGAACUCUGAUAACGGCAGUGCGGCGUGCUCAAUAGAAGAUGGGUCUUGCGUGGAUGGCGCACAUGAACUGGACGGUGGGAAAGGUGGGCUCACUCAACGGCCUUAACGCAUGUCAGUCUUCAAGCCUUCUC